UGUCAUCAAUCGCCGGCGUCAUCGCCCCGAUCUGACUCAGAUCGGGCCAAUAUAGUGACACAUAUUCAAGGCCCUGCUCUGAUAACUGACCCAUCGGAAGCCUUGACAUUUAAAGCCAGCCGCAUUUCGGAGUUUGCGGACGUAGCGUCCACAUAAAACGGGAUGCAAACAUGUUUAGCAUGUUUAAGCGAAAGAGCCGAAAGAGCUGGAUGUGGUCGAAAUACUGAUGCAGGAGUGUGUGGCUAUAAAAGCCAACUGGCCGAUUUCAGUUCAGUUCACACGCGCUUUAACUCUCGCUUUCUACGCUCCAAAAACCGCAAAAAUGUGCAAAAUCCUUCCUCUUUUCGUCCUGGCUGUUGUGGUCGCCUGUUGUCAUGGUCUUCCUGUGGAAUCCGAACGCGAGCCAGUGGCAAUCCUGAGUUCCGAGAUCAACAAGAAAGCUAAUGGUGGGUACGAUACCCAAUACUCAGGUGCAGAUGGAACUUCUCGCAAGGAACAGGCUGAUUUGGUGGACGAAGGCACCGACGAGGAAGCUCUCGAGGUGAAGGGAUCCUACAAGUACAUUAACGACCUUGGCGAGGAGGUUGAGGUUUUCUACACGGCGGGAAAGAAUGGAUUUGUCCCAUAUGGCACUAGCAUCAAUCCUGAAAUCACAGCUGUUGCCGAGGCGGCCAAGAACCUGCCUAAACAGGUAAAGGUGGAAAAGGCUUAAGAAGUGUUUUCUGGAAGAGAUCUCGCAGAUGGUAGUUCAUAAGAUUAAUGAAAAAAAGCCAAAGCGUUGUUGCUAGGCAAACCGAAAUAAAAGAUAAUACGAACUGUGAA